UGGGGGAGAGUGUUCCAAGAUGGCGGCGGGUUGCUGCGGGGUGAAGAAGCAGAAACUGUCCAGUUCGCCCCCCUCUGGCUCGGGUGGCGGUGGUGGCGCCUCCUCCUCCUCCCACUGCAGCGGAGAGAGCCAGUGCCGAGCCGGGGAGCUGGGACUAGGAGGCGCCGGUACGCGGCUCAACGGUCUAGGAGGUCUAGCCGGAGGAGGUAGCGGCAGCGGCUGUACCCUCUCUCCCCCCCAGGGCUGCGGCGGCGGCGGCGGGGGAAUCUCCCUGUCGCCCCCUCCGAGCUGCGGAGUGGGCACCCUACUUUCUCCCCCGGCCGCCGCCACCUCACCCUCGCCCUCCUUGCCGUCCGCCGCCUCGUCCUCAUCGCCCAGCUCCCGGAAGAUGGUGGUGUCAGCGGAGAUGUGCUGCUUUUGCUUCGAUGUGCUCUACUGUCACCUGUACGGAUACCAGCAGCCCCGGACCCCCCGGUUCACCAACGAGCCCUACCCACUGUUUGUAACAUGGAAGAUUGGUCGAGACAAAAGAUUGCGUGGAUGCAUAGGUACUUUUUCUGCCAUGAAUUUGCAUUCAGGACUCAGGGAGUACACACUUACCAGCGCCCUUAAAGAUAGCCGUUUUCCCCCAAUGACAAGGGAUGAGCUGCCGCGGCUGUUCUGCUCAGUGUCUCUGCUCACUAACUUCGAAGACGUCUGUGAUUAUUUGGACUGGGAGGUGGGUGUACAUGGCAUUAGAAUAGAAUUCAUCAAUGAAAAAGGAUCAAAACGCACCGCCACCUACCUACCGGAGGUUGCAAAGGAGCAAGGAUGGGACCAUAUUCAGACCAUAGACUCCUUACUGAGGAAAGGAGGAUACAAAGCUCCGAUUACUAAUGAAUUCAGGAAAACCAUAAAACUGACCAGGUACCGUAGUGAAAAGAUGACCUUGAGCUAUGCUGAAUACCUUGCUCAUCGCCAGCAUCAUCAUUUCCAAAAUGGCAUUGGGCAUCCCCUUCCGCCAUACAACCAUUAUUCCUGACACUGAGCCACACAACCAGUCACUGGGCCUCUCUGCAGACCUCUUCCCAGGAGACCCUACCCCUUCUUGGUCUAGCUAUCUCUUUUACUGUACCAUUUUAUGAUGAUAGUUUCCGUUGCCAUGGUGAAGCUUCGACAUCGUCAGUUAAGAUCAUCAUGGUAACGGGUAGGAAAAUGGCAUUUAUUAAGAUGAUCCUGUUUUAUUAUAUUAGGUCAUUGAUUUUUUUUUUUUGCAGCAUAUAUGAAUUUUGGGGUUUUCUUUCCUUACAAUAUUAUGUGGAAUUUUGCUUUGCUAUCUCAGUCAGGUUUGUCCUUCUGUCCUUCUUGCCUUCCUUCCUGUCUUCUUGCCUUCCUUCUCUCUUCUCUUCCUUCCUUCUGUUGACUGUGGAUGGAAGAAUUCAUGCAGUUUCUAAGGAUUUCAUUUAGGUGUUUCUUUCAUUUUCCUCAGUAAGAUAGGUCAUUUUUGAUAGCUGUGUUUGGGAGUAAUUCAUAUCAAAUUCAGGUAUUUGUAUAUUACUCUUGAAUUUGUCUGAAAUUCAUUUUGCUAUGAGAGCUUAGUAUGUGGGUCUUCACUGUUUAAGUAUAUGUUUUUCCCAUGGUUAGAAUAGAUGAACUUUCGUUCUAGUGUAGAACAUUCGAAGGUCCAUGAUAGGACUUGUCACAGAGAGUGAGAAAUCAUUUAUGCCUAUUGUGCUGGUUAUCACAGGAAAAACUGCCUCAUCACUUUAUAGAACCAACUUACAAACUAAAACACUGUUUUAAGAAAGUACAAGCUACCUUUGAAAUAUGCUACAGAAAUUAUUUUGAAAAGCAGAGAAUAUCAGGAAGAGAGCAGAUACAGAAUUUAGUGCCUUUGAGAAGAAUAUAAUUAUGUGGAAUUAAGAGGGGUUAGAAGAAAGGCAAUUUAGAGAAAUAUUCUUAAAAAUUUUAUUGUUUCUAUAAUGUGAAACAACAGAUUAGACAAAUUGCUUACUCUUAAGUAUUUUUUUAAGCUGAAAAAAAUUAUUUUGAGCAAAUAACCAAAAAGAGACAUGUGUCUAUUAUAUAUUAAUUUAAAUUUGUUAGCUUUAGGUUUCAAUAAGUCAUGAUUGGCCAGAGACAAUUUUAGCUACCAUUUAAAGAAAUAGUAAAGAUAAACUAGUGAAACAAAAGUUAAUACAUGUCGUGAUUUCAGACAUGUUUGUCAUGGGGACAAUACUGGAGUUUUAGAAAUACUAUAAAAUUGCUUGAAUCUCUUUCUGCACUACAUACUUUUGAUAGAAACACAUUUACUAUAUCGAUAAGAUGUUAUGUUACCCCUGUAAAAACGGAGUCGGCACUUAGAUACGAUAUAGUUGUUAGAGCCCAGCUCAUUUGCAGGGCUAGUCUUCCCAUGAUGCAUAUGCAGAGAACUUCCUAAUGUCAACGGGAGGUCUAUAUGUAUAUCCCCAGGAAAAAUGACAGAUGAUUCUGGAGAAAGAUUACCUUCAUUUUAUGGUAGUAAAUAUAUAUGUGUGUGUGUGUGUGUGUGUGUGUGUGUGUGUGUGUGUGUAAAAUUUUUUUCAAACAGGAAACAAAUAUUUCAAGUGAUGAAUAUGAGUGUGGUGCAGAAUAUAUAGUCUAAAACUAUGAGAUGUCACUGAAUAUCAAGAUGGCAUAGCUUAUACAUGUAGUUGCUGUGACAAGUGACAGACUGCUAGUUCAGAAUUUGAAAACCCUUUUCUAGUUUGUGAGAUUAAUCGGCUGAAUUCCUUCUGCUUGUCCUUAUGGCAAAGCAAACUGCUUUUGUUUUUGAUGAGAGUUCUCAGAAGUUUGUUGGUAUUCCUUCGUCCGCAGCAUCUGUUGUUGGAAUAACCAUUUUCAGUCGUGAUGCCUUAACCAAGAAGCCAAUUGUUAGCCUGAAAUGGAAUCUCGGUAGCCAGUUCCACUGAACCUAGAGAUUAGUCAGAGAAAGCUAGCUGCUGGGCUUUAGAAAGGGAUUUUGAGUCCUUUCAUUUCUACUUGGGAGCAGAUUAGUCUUUCAGUAUAAAAACAAGUGGCUACCUGAUGGAAAUUUUUUCUUGCCCUUAUAGGGAAACUGAGCACAAGCUGAAUGAUAUUGUCUGCUGCAAGAAAAAAAAAAAAAGUAAAUAAAGCAAGCAAACCGAAGAGAGACAAAAUAGACCAAUAUUGAUCCAUCUUAUCUAUCAUCUCAUCAGUUCAACAGGCUCCUCGUCCUGGGUGAGCUCAUGGUUAGAAGUUUUUUUGUUUUUAAAGAAAAGAUCUAUCCCAUACGUGUGUGUGUAUACUUACAAUACAUACAUAUGUGUGUGUUUAUGUAUUUAACGGUGCUAAUCAAUUUUGAGCAGGUCACGUGACUGGUCAUGCGGACUCUAAAAUCAUAUCAGAUUUUUAAAAAUUCUUGAUAUAUGCAGAUGUUAUACAGAUUUUCUUACCAGUGUAAUAAUGUUAUACUGAAGAAAUAACCAUCCUGCAGGCUUCAGAGGACGAGGUCAGCAAUAUUUCCCACCGUGGCUUGGGGGAAAAGGAUAGUUUUGUCUCCUUUUGUGUUCAAAUUAACGCACAGUGCAUUUUUGUGUCUAAGUAGCUGUUGACUAAAAGACUUUGUAGUGUAAAGGGUGUUAUACAAACUUGUAAUGGUGUGCUUCAGACAAAUGCUAGACCCUUUCACCUUUGUCGUAUAUUACAAAGCUGUUAAAUAUGUAGUUUGCAUUAACUUUGAACAUGUUGAAAUAUGUAGCAUGUGUUUUUAACUCAGACGAAGAUUCUGACUGCACAGGUUGUGUUCUAGCCAGUUGUGGUUUAUUUGUGCAGAAACACAAAUGUGAAUUGCACUCUUGUCACCAGAAUAUUGUGUAAGUUCAGUGAUCUCUAAACAGCUCAGAAGUAAUACUUGAACUUCAUUUGAGUAGCACAAAGUUUACAUAGCCCCCCUUUUAAAUGUUAAUUAGUUCCAUUUAUGUUUUCCGUUUUCAGAUGCAACUGGGUAUUUUUUUCCUCUUGGAAAAUAGUACGUAUUUUACUUUGGUAUGUAGCAAAAGGCUUCCAUUUCUGGAAGGGUUUUUUUGUUCUUAGAAAAGGUCAGCCAGGUACCAGAUUCUAGAAGAACAAUUGCCCCUCCCCCCCCAAUUAAGUGGCCUUCUGACUGCACGAGAAUAUGUGCUACUGCCCUGCCCGCUCCAGUCUCCGGUGUGAUUGAUGGAGGAAGUGCAAGGCUUGCUCUUUACCCCCCCCCCCACCCGCCCCGCCGCCCCACUUAAGGCAGUUUAUAAGAGUUUCAGUCCAGAGCAUACAGCCCCAGUGUGCAGCACACCGGAAGUUUGUAUACUGGCCUCUGUUCAUGUCUUCAAAUGUGCAGGAAAUCCGAAACUGUCAUCUGGAAUAGGCUCCAUCUCUUGUGUGUGUUAGAUCAAACCAAAGAAGCCCCCAGCCAUGCCCAAAUGCUGCUCCAAAAGCCUGCCUUCCAGUCCUUACAAAAACCUUGCAGGAUUAAAUGUGUUAACUUUUUUAUUUUUGUACAGUUUCUAAGUGAUUUUUGCUAGUGAUGUUAAAUUGAAUUAAGUUUAUUUGAGGGGUGUGAGCACCUCCUCCAUUUAAAUAAACUGGUGACUUUCCUUUUAUUUUAUAAAAGCAGAAACCCGUUGUGUGCCUCUCGAUUUAAGGGUUUCUGAUUACAUUAUUCUUAAGACCAGCAUUGAUCCUUUAUAUACAAAGAUAUGUUUUCCUUGUUUUUUAUUACUGUUUCAGAAGAAAAUAAACCUUUUAUUUUGCUCUGGACCCAGUAACUGCGCUGGUACAUAGACGCACUGAGAAAACAAACUUUUGUAACCACCUCUGACUGUUUUUGUAUAUGAAAGUUGAUUACUUUUGAAAUAUUUGGAUCUAGUUUCUAAGUUAUUUUUGUGUUUUAUAUGUUCCCCAAAAUUACUUUGAAUCGGUCACCAGCAUAAUGAAUUCUUGGUGAUGCAGUGGUUGGACUUGUAAUGAGCAAAGCUACCUGGAGUAGCUCUUCUCCUCGUCCCUUUCUUAGUACCCUGUUUUUUGAUUACAGUAAGACAUCACAGAUUACCUGAAACCCCUUCAAGUAUAACUAGAUCCUCCUUCCUUCCACAUUUAAUUGCUUAAUAGUUUGAAGAAACUAUUGGAAAUGGGCAUUUUAUAUGACAUGUAUGGCUUUAAAAUAUUACAAAUGAAGAAAAAGAAAAAUGGGAAGGUUUAUGUGGGUCUGUAAGGUAUGGCUGUGGAAAGAUAUUGUAGUAGUUUUGACACUAUUGUUAUUACCUUUAAAAUCAUUUACCCAAUAAAAUGUUAAAACUGA